AUGAGUCGACCAGUAGUGCGCGAGUUGCGGCAGAACCCCCCCCCUGCACUCGUGACGGGAACCAGACGUUACGCUAAGCCCGCCCGCUACGCGGCCUUCGUCCACGUCCAAGCUUUGAAGAGCUCGCCCCAGGUUCCGUGUUGUUUCCGGACAGUUCACGGAAAGGAACGCUUCUCUGACAUCUCAGCGUUGGAUCUUCUGUUCGUUUCCCAGACACAGCGUGGCGCGAACGGUUCACGGCUGUGCGCGUUUUUCCGUCCUCCGACGUCUGCGCGGCUGUCGACUCGCGAGGCUGCACUCGCGAAGCGAGGUGGGAGGGAGAGAGCAGGAAAAGGCAGACAUCCGGGAAAGGACAUCCGACCCAGGACGAUGGAAGAGAACAACGUUCCAAAGAGCAACGCGCCAGGCGCGCAAGGGGACGGGGCAGCCGACGUGGAGGUUGGCGCGCGGCAGGAUCCGAAGUCGCUGAAGCGAGAGCAGAAUACCUUGGUGCCCGCCGUGUCGGCGGCGCACACGUAUCGGUCUUCGCUUGACCACGGUGACGGCCGCCUGCGGAGUGGGAGCAGAGCUGCAGCCUUGAACAGGCGCAUGGAGAGCAACAUCUUCCUCGGGCGCAUCCACCCCUCAAGACAGCCGGGCCGAGUCAGCGGUGGAGAGAUCCAGCUGCACAGCCCAUUGAGUGCAGAAGCAUAUGGCCUUGCUCCGACAAUCCGAAUUGGACCGGACGGAGAAUUCCACCCUUUGGCGGGAGUAGCAGAGGGCGGCGGCGCGGUGGCAGAGAAUGCGGAGGAGUAUCAGAAUCCACAAGGGGUUUGCGAGCGGAUCAUUUUCAAUAUGCAAAAGUGUUUGUGUGAGUUCUUUGCGACUAUGAUUAUUGUCAGUGCGGUCGCCUUCGGUUUAGCGAAGGCUGAAGGGGAGAAAGCAGCGCCGUUUUCAAUCACCAGCACUAUUUUCGCUCUGAUCACGUUGUUCAAAGAUAUCAGCGGAGCUCAUUUCAAUCCAGCGGUGUCGUGCACAAUCUUUAUGACAGACCCGCGUUUCACUUUGGUGGAUCUGCUGAGCUACGUAUGCGCCCAACUGUUAGGUGGCAUCGUGGGAGCGUUCAUUGGUUACGGCAUCAUGGGCAAGGCACUCGAUAUCCUACCGUUAGAUCCUGGGAUGAGCGCCAGCCGUCAGCUGUUUCACGAAGUCAUUCCGACGAUGGUCAUGAUCUACGCUGUCCUCGCGCUCGUUUUCGGGUCUGGAGUGACAUGGGAGUUGACAAUUCCCUUUGUCGUUAGUGCGUGUAUAUUGGCGGGAGCCUUCGCUGGGGCGACGAUGAAUCCCGCUGUCACCUUCGGUAUCUUUGUCUCAAACAUCUGCACGAAGAACACCAACAUUGAUGUAGACGCACUAAUGGUAACUUUGUUUGGGCCGUUUCUGGGAGGUAUGUUCGCCUUUGUGGGAUAUAUCGCUACGCAUGCGUACCACAAUCCUGUCCCGCUCCGCUUCCUUAACUUCAAGGGGACCUAA